CUGGCCAGUGAAGCAUAUGGUAUUGAAGUGCAUCGUUUAAAAGGCAAUUCACUUUUAUUUUGCCUCCUCCCGGAUCCUAGACGCACGACAGUGUUUGCUGAUUUUAAGGAUAUUUUCUGUGCAAAAUCGUCUCUCUCUGAGGGAGGAUGGAUGAGGGAUUGUUUUCCAAUACUGCACGAGCUGGUGCGUUCAGCUGAAUGAAUCCAGGGGCUGUCGGGGUGUCGGUCGCAGACAAGCCACACUCACAUCAGGCUAGACUUGCAGAUAAGAGCUGACACUUCAAACAGGGGAUUACCUGGCUUCCUCCCAUCCCUCACCGCUUUGGUACCCAACUUCUUCUGCAUUUUGAAGCUACACCAGCUUGCUGUUCUGCUGCCAGCGUCCUCAUCUGUGGCCGCCCAUUCCGUCCCACCACUACCCUGCCUUCCUAGGAGUGAGUUGGGGGUGAUAUGCUUUCAGUGCGACGGUCUUGAGCGAACGCCUAAGAUAUGACAUCUAAGGAAUCUCCCAACGAGCUUUCCACCCCGGAUACCGAGGUCUACAUCAGGACUUUCAAAGAACAUAUGCACCUGGAGCUGGAACUCCCCAGACUUUCUGGGAAAAGGACCACAACCUCCCCUAAAAUCUCCCCACGCAGCUCUCCGCGGAACUCUCCCUGCUUUUUCCGAAAGUUGCUGGUGAAUAAGAGCAUUCGGCAACGGCGGCGCUUCACGGUGGCACAUACAUGUUUUGAUGUUGAAAAUGGCCCAACUCCAGGACGUAGCCCCUUGGACCACCAAAUCAGCCCGGGAUCUGGACUUAUCCUUCACACAAACUUUGCGAGCCACAACCAGCGGCGCGAGUCCUUUCUCUACCGGUCAGACAGCGACUAUGACCUAUCACCAAAGACUAUGUCGAGAAACUCCUCUGCCACCAGUGAAAUGCACGGGGAUGACUUGAUUGUUACUCCUUUCGCCCAGGUGCUGGCCAGUUUGCGCAGUGUGAGAAAUAAUUUUACAUUAUUAACCAAUGUUCAUGGAGCACCCAACAAGCGAUCACCUAUGACCAACCACCCCCAAAUCUCCAGAGUCAAUAUACAAGAGGAUUCCUAUCAAAAACUAGCCAUGGACACGUUGGAGGAGUUGGACUGGUGCUUGGAUCAGCUGGAAACUAUCCAGACGUAUAGGUCGGUCAGCGAGAUGGCAUCCAACAAGUUCAAGAGGAUGUUGAAUCGGGAGCUGACCCAUCUCUCCGAGAUGAGCCGUUCUGGCAACCAGGUGUCCGAGUACAUCUCCAGUACAUUCCUUGACAAGCAAAAUGAUGUGGAGAUUCCGUCCCCAACACAGAAAGACAGGGAGAAGAAGAAGAGACACCAGUUAAUGACACAGAUCAGCGGCGUUAAGAAGCUAAUGCACAGUUCAAGCCUGAACAACACUAGCAUGUCCCGAUUCGGGGUCAAGACUGAAAGUGAAGACCUGCUGUCUAAGGAACUGGAAGACCUUAACAAAUGGGGACUGAACAUCUUCAAGGUGGCGGCCUACUCUUGUAAUAGACCCCUGACCUGCAUCAUGUACGCUAUAUUCCAGGAGAGAGAUCUGCUGAAGACAUUUAAGAUAUCGGCCGAUACCCUGGUCACCUACACAAUGACCCUGGAAGACCACUACCAUUCCGACGUCGCCUAUCAUAACAGCCUCCACGCAGCCGACGUUACGCAGUCUACGCAUGUCCUGCUGUCUACUCCGGCGCUGGAUGCUGUCUUCACCGACCUGGAAAUCCUCGCUGCAAUAUUCGCGGCCGCCAUUCACGAUGUAGAUCACCCUGGCGUCUCCAACCAGUUUCUCAUCAACACAAAUUCCGAACUUGCACUGAUGUACAACGACGAAUCCGUACUGGAGAAUCACCACCUAGCCGUGGGGUUCAAACUGUUACAGGAAGAACACUGCGACAUCUUUCAGAAUCUCACCAAGAAGCAGCGGCAGUCACUCAGGAAAAUGGUUAUAGACAUGGUGCUAGCUACAGACAUGUCCAAGCACAUGAGCCUGCUGGCUGACCUGAAAACUAUGGUAGAAACCAAGAAAGUGACCAGUUCCGGCGUCCUCCUCCUGGAUAACUACACUGACCGCAUACAGGUUCUCAGGAAUAUGGUGCAUUGUGCAGAUUUAAGCAAUCCUACAAAAUCUCUGGAACUGUACAGGCAGUGGACAGACAGGAUAAUGGAAGAGUUCUUCCAGCAGGGGGAUAAGGAGCGAGAACGAGGCAUGGAGAUCAGCCCCAUGUGUGACAAACACACCGCUUCAGUGGAAAAAUCACAGGUUGGGUUCAUUGACUACAUUGUUCAUCCUUUGUGGGAAACGUGGGCAGAUUUGGUCCAGCCCGAUGCUCAGGAUAUUUUGGAUACAUUGGAGGACAAUAGGAACUGGUACCAAAGCAUGAUACCUCAGAGUCCUUCUCCUCUCUUUGACGAGCAGGACAAGGACUGCCCUGGAGUCUCGGAAAAGUUCCACUUUGAGUUGACCCUUGAAGAAGAAGACUCAGAAGGCCACGACAAAGAGGGGGAUUGUAUCAGUUAUUACAGCAGUACAAAGACACUUCACAUUGUCGAUCCGGGAAUUGGGGACUCGCCAGAGGGUGACCCUGAACUACUGACGGACGAUACGUCACCCCUGGACACAUAGGUCCGGCCUGGAAGAGAACUUGGAACCGGGAGAACAUGUACACGCUGUCGGUUUUGACAAGCAUGUAAUCUUGAUCUUGGGCCUCGGUCAAGCCUUGCCAAAAGAUCUUUCCUGCUGCUCGUCAGUGGAGCUGUGGCUAAAGGAUUCUGGAGUGAAGGGAUAGCUCAGGAAACUACCGGAUGAUGUACGUUAUGAUUUGGCAUCAUCUGCGGGCGGAAAAGCAAAAGUAAACGCACAUUGUUCUGAGAACGGCGUGAAUGGUCACCGAACUGUUUCUAUAAGAAAAAAAAGAAAAAAAUAAUGACACAAAACUGAGAGAUUUUUCUACCACAAGAUUUUGAAACCUUAAACCUAAUAGACCUACCGAUGACUAAUUUCUAGUGUCUAUGUUCAAACCCUGUCCAAAUGUUUGAGGACGUUUUGUGCCUUUUUUGUAAAACUUCCAUUGUCUCUGAAAUGCCUAUUAAUGACACAAUAUUUAAUGUGCGCAGGACAGAUAACGUGUGUAUAUGUGUAUUCCUUCUGGAAAGAAGAAGAAGUCUUCCUUUUUUUGUAGGCAAUAUAUGUGACUUUACUGCAGUUACUAAGAAUCGUACAGAGAUGGUUUCCAUCGCUGGUCAGUGUCAUUAUCUCCACCCACCUUAGGUCAUUACACACUUUGCUUGUUACAAAGAUCCGUGUUGAGGUUUUUUUUGCGUUCUAUGGAAUAUAUCUAUUCUGCACAAUAUAAAAGAGGUAGCUGUUUUUUCUGUUUUUUAUGAACCACGUGCAUUCACUACAUUGGAGGAUACGUAUCAGGAGGCGCCGUGUAAUGUGAUGUGUUCCAGACGACGUUCUGCAUGAUCUCAGUUUCUCCCCACUCCCCGACAACACGAUUUUUUUAUUGCACUGCCUUGAGUCCCAACACGUACUUUACUGUUUAUAACAGUGUAUUUAUUAUCUAUUAUGUAAAUAAUGUACUGUUUUGUAAGUUAUUAAUUUAUAUGAAUUGACAUUGCCUGUCAUUGGUGGUGUUGAUUGUGUAUUAAACUCUAGAUAGAGAGUUGCAUUCUUUUUCCUUGUAAUUUUUUUCUUUAUUAGAGAAUCGAUCGGAACCGUGCCCCCCUCCCCCCUCCCCCAAAGAACCUAUGGCUAGUGCCUGGGCGAGACCAACAUAAAACAGAACAUUGAGCUAUAAAAUGAUUGAAUGGAUUCCUGGUACUGAUUUGAUUAAUCGUUUAUAUAUAUUUUUUCCCUUUCCCUAACUUGUACUCUGAAAACUGUUGUCCUGAUAUUAUAAUAACUAAAACAUAACUAUUUUGUUUUGAUGUGCUGCUUUUUCUAAUAAAAAGAAAAAAAAAUUGUUCACAUCCUGAAAAAAAAACAACAACCCUAUAUCCGUCUUGGCUUGUACGAUGUUUGAAGUCUUGGUCUAAUUAGUAACUGCUCCGUACCUGGAGUGGGAGCAUGAACAACGGGGUCUGUAUGUCUGUCGACACUGUUCCAGGUGUAGAUUUUAUUCUGAGAAAUAUCACACAACAAAGGUGUGUUGAAGUAUUGUAUAUUGUGCAACAAUGCAUUCUUACCAGAUAUUUUUUUUUUUUUUAUAUGAAGUGAAUAAAUGAGAAGCAUGAGAAUCCAA